AAAUCCAAAAUCCAACCGUUUGUUACCCGCCAAAACCUCUCUCUCUCUCUCUCUCUCUCUCUCUCUCUCUCUCUCUCUCUCUCUCUCUCUCUCUCUCUCUCUUAUGGGUUUUCUUGCUCUCUCGCUCUUCAUUCACUUCUCCGCCAUUUUCUUGCAAUCAAGAGCUCUGCAACUCCCACUAGAACUUAAGGACGCCAUCUCUAAUGGCUCCACAACAAUGCCUCCUCAACCGAGUCCUCAUCCGUCGCCGGCUUGGCCGCCGUCCUCCCCGCCCCCUCAGCCGCUGGUUCCGGCCCUCUUCGUCAUCGGCGACUCUUCCGUCGAUUGCGGCACCAACAAUUUCCUCGGGACGUUCGCUCGCGCCGACCGUCCUCCCUACGGAAGAGACUUCGACACUCACCGGCCCACUGGCAGGUUCUGCAAUGGGAGAAUCCCCGUAGACUAUCUCGCAUUGCGACUUGGCCUCCCCUUUGCUCCAAGUUAUCUUGGGCAGACUGGCACUGUUGAAGAUAUGAUUCAUGGAGUUAAUUACGCCUCUGCUGGUGCUGGAAUUAUUUUUUCAAGUGGUUCAGAACUGGGUCAACACAUCUCCUUCACUCAGCAGAUUCAGCAGGUCUCCGAUACCUUUCAGCAGUUUAUAUUGACUAUGGGGGAGGAUGUAGCAGCCGAUCUCAUCUCAAAUGCUGUGUUUUACCUUUCCAUUGGUAUUAAUGACUAUAUACAUUACUAUCUGCCUAAUGUCUCAAAUGUGCAAUCUCUCUACCUACCUUGGAGUUUCAACCAGUUCCUAGCAACUACAGUGAAGCAGGAAAUUAAGAAUUUGUACAACAUAAAUGUCAGGAAUAUGGUGGUAAUGGGCCUUGCACCUAUUGGCUGUGCUCCUCACUACUUGUGGCAGCACAAUAGCAAGGAUGGAGAGUGUGUUCAGGAGAUAAAUGACAUGAUAAUGGAGUUCAACUUUGCCAUGAGAUACAUGGUUGAGGAGCUUGGUAGGGAGCUCCAUGAUUCCAACAUCAUUUUUUGUGAUGUGUUUGAAGGUUCCAUGGAUAUCUUAAAAAAUCACGAACGAUAUGGUUUCAACGUCACUGCCGAUGCUUGCUGUGGGUUAGGGAAAUUCAAUGGUUGGAUAAUGUGCAUUUCUCCUGAAAUGGCUUGCAAUAAUGCUUCCAACCACAUAUGGUGGGAUCAGUUUCAUCCUACAGAUGCCGUGAAUGCUAUUCUGGCAGACAAUGUAUGGUCCGGUAUGCAUACAAAGAUGUGUUAUCCCAUGAACUUGCAGGACAUGGUAGCUGCAAAGGGAAAAUGAUCAGAUGGAGAAUUUCAGCAUGAAAACUGACUGUAGAAUCAGCACUUCCAUUCACCUCAACAUGCUCAAUGAAGCCUGUGUCUCGUACAUCAUAUAAUUGAAAUGCAACUGCCACAUGGAACGUCAAAGCUUCAGUACAAACUUCACACAAUGGCAAGAAGACUCAUACAAGCAUAAUUGAGGCAAGUUACAUACAAUUUACUUUUGCUGUUUGAGGGGCAUCUGGGUGGAAAACACUCAAAGAUUGAACAAACUCUCUGAAUUCUAUCAGCCCAUCAUGUUCGGUAUCAAACAAACUGAAAAUCUAUUAAAACA